CAGAUGCGGCGGCGCGGCGCGUGAGGGGCGGCAUGCAGGGCGGGGGCGCGCCGGCUGCGGACGCCGACCAGGCCCAGUUCGAGGCCGACAAGCGGGCCGUGUACAAACACCCUCUGUUCCCACUCCUCGCUCUAUUACUGGAGCGGUGCGAGCAAGCCACCGCUGGGGCGGAGCCCCCGGCCGCCGAUGCCUUCGGGGCAGACUUACAAGCGUUCGUGCAGCACCAGCGGAGGGACCGCCGCCCCUUCCUGGUCGACGAUCCAGAGAUCGAUGGGCUGAUGAUUAAGAGCAUACAGGUCCUCAGGAUCCACUUGCUUGAGCUAGAGAAGGUGCAGGAGCUAUGCCGCGACUUCUGCGGGCGGUACAUCGCGUGCCUCAAGACUAAGAUGCAGAGCGAGAAUCUGCUGAGGACUGAUUACACUGGUGGAGGCGUAGAGAGCAACAACAAUUUAUCCGGGUCUUUGGACGACCACUCUAGCACAUCAAAUUCUCCUCAAUAUCAGUCGCCUCCCGCGCCGGCCGCGCAAUAUCCGUCGGUGUUCCCGCCGCACACCGAAUUGCCUUACCCCGUUAGUUCGAGAGAUCCACCAUCGCUAGUCGUUCAAGGUUCCACACCGAUCAGUCAAAUAGGAGCCGGAUUGAUUCCGACAGACUCAUUCACAGGAACGAACUCCAACAACUCCUGCUCCUCAGUAUCCGGGUCGCCGCCGCCAGAAGACGAAGGUGACGAUGCGAGUGGCAAGCGCGGCGUGCUGCCGCGACACGCGACUCAGGUCAUGAGAGCCUGGCUGUUUCAGCACCUUGUGCAUCCCUACCCCACGGAAGAGGAGAAGCGUUCCCUAGCGGCGCAGACACGGCUGACUUUGUUACAAGUCAACAACUGGUUCAUAAACGCGCGCCGACGCAUCCUACAACCGAUGCUGGAUUGCACUGACAAGCCUGGUGGCAAGAAAAGCAAAAACGGCUCGUCCAUAAACAAGAGAUACUGGCCCGAUGCUCUGUCCAAUCCACAAUUUACAGCAGGCCUGCUAUCCUCAUCAGAAGACGAGGACCAGGACGGAGACCAAUCUGGAGACGAACAGGAGACCAGGAACGAAGACUCGCGAGACCACACCAACUUUCCACCACUACAGCAACCGAUGCACUAACUCUGAGGUGAUGACGUAUGUCUAUCUAUACUAUACAGCGUGUUUUGAAGGUUGCUGAUAAAGUGGCUGAUAGUUUAUCAGGAAGUUAUCUGUCAGAUAAAGUACAAUAUUGAAUUGGAGUAAGACCCUGUUUUGCGUUUGCUUAAUAAAGUCUCUGAUAGCCUAUCAGGGACUUAUCUGUCAGAUAUAUUUUAUCAUAAUGUGGAAUUAGUUAAGAGCUGUUCUGUCUCUAGCUUAUACUUUCUCUGAUAACUUAUUAUAGACUUAUUGAAACUUAAAUAUUAAUUUUGGUUUCUCAGCUCUCGUACACAGAGAAAGUCACAGCUAAACAGGUGAUUUUAAACGUCAGAUAACUAUCAACAACUUUAUUGGUAACUUUUUUGCUAAUUUAGCCAUAGGGAUGUUGACACCAUUUAACACGAAAUUGGUUUUUAAUUCCAAUUCAAUCAUAGAAUUAAAAAAAUAGUUACGUCACAAUGUAUACACAUACAACUAAUAAACUUCAUAUUAUACAAAUACGAUGAUUGGUUGGUGUCAACAUGACUAUUAGUCAUUUCAAAUCAAAUUUCAAAUAAAUAAAAUUACAGUUGUCAGAUUAAAAUCAGUAAAAUAACACAAGUCAUAAUAAAUACGUCGGGUAAGGUAAUAUAAAAUUGUAUAGCGAUCUCUUGUGAUGUCAAAGUCAAGUGUAUGUCAAAGUGACAAGUCAGAAAUGUCAUCCAAGUCAAAGUGUCAAAGUAAGGUGUAGUAUAAAACCAUGACAAGAAGUGGAGUUGUCCUUGAACGACAAAUAAAGGUCAUAGCACACUUGUCAACCCGGAAAGGGAUCAAGGCGAGGCGUUUACGUUACGAUGCGGACAAGUGU